AUGGCGAAGAGCGCGAGAGCAUCGGUCAAGAAGAGGAAUAACCAGGCCCUCAAGCGCAAGGUCUUUGGUCCGGCGGAGACAGCGCGCAACGACCGACUGUCAGCAAAACUCAUGGAGCUCGCGCAGCAACCAAAACCACCCCGACCUGAGAUGGAUGUUGAAGAGGAAGGUGAGCAGCAUUAUGCGGAGAUUCCACGAAGAGUGACUGGCCAGGAAUCUGACACCAUUGAUUUGACAGGUGUAGCACCAGAAGCGAAGGAGGAUGACUCGGCCACUCAAGACAUCGAUAUGGACGCCAACCGAGCUGCCGCAAAGCCUGCUGAGCGAAGCAACAAAUCUCUGAAGCGUGAGAAGGAAAACAAGGCGGCGAAGAUCGAGAAGAAGCGCAUACGAAAGCCUCGAAACCGCAUCACGUUCGCGAAACAUCCGAAGAAGGCUGGUGGGAAGAAGCGGUGA